UUCAAGGUUAUGGACUCCGAUAAUUUUAGAGAUCUUAAGGCUAACUUGCACUAGUUCGAUAUUACCUGCCGAAAUUCUAGGUUCGCUGGCCUUCAACCGCAGAUGGACAACGUAGAGUCGCACUCAUUUCUAGCCGACCGCGGGCAAAAUCUUCUCGUCGCACGCACGGAUUCCGCAGAACCGAAUACCGCUCCUUAUACCAAAAGAGUCGAAGGCUUGGAUGAUAGGUUGACAAAACCGGGGGUUCAACCUCCAGCUACAACCUGGAGAGUUCCUUUCCCAGAGAAGCCAGCAGUUAUAGAGGAACGAAAUGGCGAGAUCGAAUUCCGAGUCGUCAAUAACGAUGGCACCAGACAGAGCACGAUUAUCCUUACAGGUCUAAAAAACCUGUUUCAAAAGCAACUUCCGAAAAUGCCUAAAGAUUACAUCGCACGCCUCGUCUACGAUCGCACUCACUUGUCCCUCGCCAUCGUCAGAACGCCUCUAGAGGUCAUCGGCGGCAUAACAUUCCGAGAAUUCCGACACCGCAGUUUUGCUGAAAUCGUUUUUUGCGCGGUCUCAUCUGAUCAACAGGUGAAAGGAUACGGAGCGCAUCUGAAGGCCCAUUUGAAGGAUUAUGUCAAAGCUACGUCCACGGUGGUGCAUUUUCUAACGUACGCUGAUAACUUUGCCACCGGGUACUUCCAAAAACAGGGGUUUACCAAAGAGAUCUCCCUCCCCAAGUCUGCCUGGAUGGGGUAUAUCAAAGAUUACGAAGGAGGCACGCUCAUGCAAUGCACGAUGCUUCCCCGAAUACGGUACCUCGAGGCUGGCCGUAUGCUUCAGAAACAGAAGGAAACCGUACAGGCCAAAAUUCGUAGCUUGAGUAAAAGCCACAUUAUCCUUCAACCACCUCAGCAAUGGACCAACGGCGCUGUCACUCCAAUCAAUCCGCUCUCUAUUCCUGCCAUUCGGGCAACUGGCUGGUCUCCAGAAAUGGACGAAAUUGCACGGCAACCACGCCGCGGACCUCAUUUCAACGACUGUCGACGUUUCCUCUAUCAAAUCCAGAACCACAACCAAGCAUGGCCCUUCCUUAAGCCGGUUGACAAAGACGAGGUCCCUGAUUAUUACAAUGUGAUCACAUCACCCAUGGAUCUGACGGCUAUGGAGGAAAGAUUGGAGCAGGGUUUUUAUGGUACUCCGAAAGACCUUGUCGGUGAUCUCAAGUUGAUUUUCAGUAAUUGCCGGCAGUAUAAUAACCCGACCACGGUAUAUGCCAAGUGUGCGAUCAGGCUGGAGAAGUACAUGUGGAGUCUUAUCCGGGAGAUUCCGGAGUGGCACGACUUGCUUGAGAAUUGAUUGGUGUUCAUGUAUAUUGUACUUUUUGAGUUAGGACUUUUGUGAGGAGCUCGAGAAUAUGUAUGGAUAGGGGCUUGUGAUAACGAUAAGACUGGAGAUGAGAUGCAUGCUAGAGUAGGAAUUCUCGAGACUUUCAAUACCAGCGAUUUGCUUGA